CUUCCGCCAAGGUUUGGUUUAGGUUUGGCAGGAGCUGAUGUGUAGAAGCGUUGGUUGCCAGGGGAGCCGAUGAAAGCUUUGCUUGUCCUAUCAAGAGGAUCAGGAUCUUCUGCCUGAGCUCAUGUCCCUGUAACCCUGCUGCAUGAGAGGAUGGCAGGAACAGUCCUGGGAGCUGGCACUGGCGUUUUCCUCCUCGCCCUCACCUGGAUUGUGGCCCUGGCGCUGUGCCUCCUGCUCUCGAGGGCAUCUGGGCCUGCCAGGCUAUCUGUCGUCCCGGUGUUUCUCCUUGCCUUGAUCAUCACUCUCACCCUCGUCUUCUUCCCUCGAGCCUCAGAGAGCCCCUCUCCCGUCAAAGAAGUGGAGCUUUGUUUUCACUUGUUAGUGGGCAAGGUCCAGAAGCGCCUCUCAGAGCGCAGUGGUCCCCCUGCAGGAGAAACACUGACAUGCCAGUAACACCUGCAGGUCGGUUUUAUCUGCCCGGCACAGCAGUGCUGCACAAACACAGACAUUAUUCUCCUCUGUUUGUCCAGCUUCUGCCAAGAGAACAGGGCAGAUUCACCACGUUUUUCUUCCAGAGGUGGGGGGAAAAAGCUUGCUACGGUUUUGAUUUUCUAAACUGUGCUUUCAUUAUUCCCCUGAAGUUAGGGGAACAACUUUCAAUUUAAAAUCUCUAAUCUAACUGAAUUAUUCUGAAAUCUUAUAGAGAACCGUGUGCUUUACAGUGAUGUUAAAAUCAGCAUUGUGAUUUUAAUUUUCUAGCAUUUGCAUUUCAGAAGAAUCCAUUUUGUAUCUAGCAACAUAAAAACAUACUGCAUUGUAAGCUGCAUGUUGAAAGAAUUGACUCUGACAUAUGUGUAGGGUAAUUGGCCUCACAGCAAAAGUCAGAACAUCUUCUCUCUUUUUGUGGCUGCAGUACCAUUGCAGAAUGCUUCAAGAUGUGCAGACAGCUUAAUUAACAAAAAACACUUUAUAUGUAGUUUUUUGAAUUCCUGGAAUACAGGACAAUACCACACCUUCCAAGUGAAGAAAUGUUCUCAGUGAUGUCAUGGUGCUGAAUAUGGAUAAAACAUAUUUGUUUCUGAAUCAGCUGUCAGGAUGAAUUAUGGGUUGUUUUGAGUCAGCUUGUUAAACGCGCACGUCUGGAUUACAGACGAGUGGGCAAAACAUCUAUUCAGGUAUCGGUGUUGUUUUUAGUUGAACCCGAACACGGUCACCGCAAAACAACUCUCCCAAACGCUCUGAGAGACCUUUAACAACUGUCUGCUGGAGAGCGAGCCGCAGCUAACCUCUCCCUGUUAAACAAAGGCAAAAUAUCACAGUGCCAAUUAGUCAGGCCCCAGACCGGGGCCCUGAGCACGGCGCUCGAUGCCACAUUAAUAAUACAUGCCCCCAGCUCUGUGCUUCGUUGGCCGGCUAAUUGGCUAAUUAAAAAGUGAGAUGCGUUAAACGAGAGAACAUCGCAUCCACAGGAGACCCCCCCCUCCCCUUUCCUCAGUCAGCUGCGGUGUUAGAUGUCUGUCUCAUGGCCUCCUGGUCACGUGUUGGCCCAGGCCUUUGGGGGACCAGGUUAGCAUUCUCCCCCGUUCCCUCAGCUCAUUUCUUUUAACAGACAACACGGCAAAAACAACAACUGUCCAGGUUUAACCUUCGCUCGCUGCAUCUUUUAAAGACUAUCGGAUCUGCCGCCACCCCCCUCCCUGCUGAAUUCUGAGACGGUGUAGAACUGGCGCCCCCAGCUGCCUGAGCCUGGUAGCACAGGACAUGCAAAAUGCACAUCUCGUUGCUUUUCCGAUGACUGAAGAGAGCUGUGCAGCUCCGUUGUUUUUAGGUUUUGUUUUGCCUCCGGCCUCAUUUAUUGAGAACGUUAGAACUGGGACCAUCCGAAAAUGUUCAUAACAAAAGGUGAAGUUAAAAUUUCUAACAUGCAAAAUAUAUCUCUUU